GAAGCGCAGCUAUUAAGCAAUUUUUUUUCUUGUGCUUCCCAAAACUCCGCACGUUGUCAUGUCCAUACUAAUUUAUGUACGAGUAGCGGAGUAGGAGAUCCUGGCUGCGCUGCGGCGGAUAAGGGUACCAAGCCUUACAACUACGUAAUGGAUCUACCACACCCAUCAUCCGCGCGUACCACCAUGCUUCUGUACUGCUGUGUACCUCAGUCAGAUGACUGCAACAUGAUCCCACCCUGCUCGCAUAAACAAUUUCCCCACAGUUUCUCCCAUUUCUGCAAUAGCGAGUAUUAUACUUCCAAAUCCCCGGAACUCUUAUUAAACCAGUUGAUCUCUCGAUCUGCACUAUUCCCCACUGUUCUACGCCCUCCCAAUGCAGCAUCAGCAUGCCGGCGGAGGACACCGAGGAACCGCCAGCUCCCCAGCCGCUCAUCCCGCACUACUACUACCGCUGGAUGCAGGUAUGUGGAUUUCACCCGUAUUCUCUCUCCCACACCCCCGGGCUCUCGCGGUCCGACCUCCUGUGGAUGCUGUGGAGCGGCGGGCUCUUCAUCCUGCAGGCCAUCCUCCUGCAAAUCGCCGGCGCUGUCAUGUGGGACGUCAAAGGCGACGAGGUCAGCAAGCUGGACCACUACGCGCUGAUCCAGUACACGUAUAUCAACAUGUUCCUGGCGCAGUACCUCAUCAUCGCCAUCCUCUGCGCCGUGCAGAUGAAGAACCUCUAUACUCAGGUAGAGCUAGAGGUCCGCUCCUAUCUCUGCUUCCCCAAAACCUUACGGAAACUAGACCGCCGGUGGAGGGCGACCGCGGUAUACAACGUGACCUUUGCCAUAUCCGGCGCCAUGACCGAACUGAUCUACAAAAGCGCCACGGAGCCUUCAGACUACUGGUACCGCGACCCUCUAUCCGUGUGGGGCUACCCCGUCCGCAAUUACGUCGCCCAAAUCUUGCGUUUCAUCCACAAAUCCUCCGUGUACUGUGCCAUCACGGUACCCUACGGGAUCCUCAUUACGCUGGCCCUGCAUCUGCGCACCGAGUUCCAAGUGAUUGUGCGGAUACUUGGCGAGUUCCCGGAGCGGGAAAUUGCGUUUGAGGCGUUGCGGUUGCGGUAUCAGCGGUUGUUGUUCGCCAAGGAUUUGUUGAGUGACACGUUCGGGGUGUUCAUUGCCGUUGACUGCUUCUGUGCGCUGCUGACGUGGUGUGCGUUGGCCAGUGAGACGUUACAUUUUGAUGCGGAUCAUACGGAUCGCACGCUGCUGAUCUCCUCGUCGUUUAUGAUGAUCAACAGUAUUGUGCUGCUGCUGGCGCUGACGCUGUUCUUCGAUACAGUAUCCGCUGUUCAAAGGGCAUUGCGAAGGAUUGUUAUCAGUGAUCCCGCACCGGAAAUCCGUGAUGAAUGUGAUAAAUUUAUUGGCACCUGCAACGCUUUCGACCGGGCCUUCAGUGCCAUGGGAUGCUUUAGUGUUACGCGGGAAUAUAUUCUGGCUCUGAUGGCAAUAUUCUUGACCUACCUCAUCCUCAUCUACCAAGCCCGGGAUGUUCAAGUGAAGGUUAACGCCAUCAUGCGCAAAGAUGACAUACAAUAUCACAGCUUAGCCGAUAUUAUCCUGCUCAACGCCACGGCUAUCCCCCGAAAAUAGCCAUGCUCUACGAAAACUGCGUGGUUCCGGUUUCAUCGUUUUAUUGUUUGAACAGAUGUUGUUUGCGCAUUCGAAUAUCGGUUUCCUUAUGUGGAAUUCACCCUGAACGAUGAAAUCUGCAUUAUUUCCUCAAUGUGGGAAGCGCUCGUUAUGUACUAAACGAAUAAAUUUUGCAAAUAUAGGUACUGCUACUAAAGCGUGGAA